GCCCCGGCGGCCACCAUGGCCGACAGUGGCCCUGCGGGGGAUGCAGCGGAGUCAGUUCAGGCCCCCAGGCCGGGCAGCAGCGGCCCAGGGCCCCACGUCUACUUUCAGAGCCCCCCGGAAGCUGCGGGCAAGGGCCCGCGGGGUGGGGGGGCGGACGACAAGGGCCCCGCGAGGCACCAAGGGAAGGUCACGGUCAAGUACAACCGCAAGGAGCUACGGAAACGCCUCAACCUGGAGCAUCUCACCUGCCUCUACGACUGCCAGGAAGAGGAGAUCCCCGAGCUGGAGGUAGACGGGGACGAGCUCCUGGACAUGGAGAGUGACGAUGCCCGAACUGCCAGGGUCAGGGAGCUGCUGGUUGACUCUUACAAACCCACUGAGGCCUUCAUCUCUGGCCUGCUGGACAAGAUCCGGGGCACGCAGAAGCUGAGCACACCCCAGAAGAAGGGAGGGUCCCCGGCCUGGAUGAACGGGGGGCGCCCACUGGACAAUCGCUGCCCUCCCUACCUCGUAGCAACAGCAAUACUUGGUGCCCUGCGCUCGGCCUGGCGCCGUUCCAUAGACACAAAGACCCUAUGCGUGGUUAAGUCUAUGAUCAAAGUAGAAGAGAUGACAGGUGUUGGGGAACUGAUGAAGAAAAGGGACCCCUGCUCACUAUUAAUGGAAAUGUAG